AUGUCGCAAUUAAAUGGUUUAAAUGUGUUCGUGAAUAAUUUUUUGGGGUUUGUGCAGUCGACCAGUUAUUUGCCAUGGGUGAGAUGGUUACUGAAGUUGAUGGCUUUGGCUCAAGCAAUAAUACCAGCUGGAUGGCCACAGUCUUAUCCACUACGUGAUGGCGAUAAGUUUGACUUCAUCGUGGUGGGUGCAGGCAGUGCGGGGGCCAUCGUGGCGGCGCGGUUGAGCGAGGUGCCACACUUCAGGGUCCUGCUGCUGGAAGCUGGAGGGGAUCCACCUCCUGCUAGUGUGGCUCCGAGUUUGUUUGGGACAUUAGGUCAUACAGAAUAUGACUGGGACUACAAGGCUUAUCUCGAUAAAAAUAUUGGCACAGUACAUCCAGGCAGAGCAAUUUACAUGACUCGCGGUAAAAUGCUCGGUGGAUCAUCUUCAAAUAAUUACGAAGUAUAUUCGAGGGGAGUUCCUGAAGAUUAUGAUGAAUGGGGACAGGUUGCAAAUGGUUGGGACUGGGACUCGGUGUUACCAUAUUUCAAAAAGUUUGAAGGUAUGAAAGAUCCAAUUAUAACGGAAAAUCCUGAUCAUCAAGAUUUACAUUCUACAGACGGUCCAGUAUUAGUAACAAGACCUGAAACAAAUAGUUAUUUUAACGAAGUGAAUGAUAUCAUUUUGAAGUCAUAUGAAGAAAUGGGAAUGAAAAAAAUUCUAGAGCUGAAUGGACCAGAUAAUUUGGGUGUAAGUCGACCUCAUUUCACUUUCGCAAAUGGAAGGCGAUCGAGCACAGCUGAGGCGUACUUGAGAGGAAAAGAAAGAUAUAAUUUAAAAAUAGUUAAAUAUGCUAGAGUUACUAGAAUCCUAAUAGAUGAUCUAACAUCGCGAGUUUAUGGAACUGAAGUGUUUGUUUCUGGGAAAAAGAUUAAUGUGUUUGCUAAUUUGGAAGUUAUUGUGUCAGCGGGAGCGAUUGACAGUCCCAAGCUUCUAAUGUUGUCUGGCAUCGGACCGAGAGAGGUCUUAACACCGAUCGGUAUAAAAGUAAUUGUAGAUUUACCAGUUGGCAAAAAUUUACAGGAUCAUCACUAUACACCGAUCGUGUUUACAGGCCAACGAGGCUUACAUAGUGUAGUACAAAAUUUAUUAGUUCCCACCGAGUUAGAUUCUUACCCUGUGCCGUUACAAUCAGGUUUCUUUAGAGUUGAUAAACGGUGUUGUUCACAAAGGCCACAAUUUCAAAUCUUCAACGUACGCAUCGGUGCUACCGCUUCGCCUAUCAUAUUAUUUGGAUUCCGUACUAUUACGAAUUUCGAUGAACCUUUUUCUUAUUCAGUAAGCAAGGCUAACGUUGAUCGUGAAAUAGAUAUAACGUCUGUUAUAAAUGUGCAUCCGCGUUCGAGAGGCGAAGUUACAUUGAAAAGUUCCAAUCCAUUUGAUGAUCCAGUUAUAAACAUGGGUUAUUUUAGAGAUGAAGAAGAUGUUGAGACGACAUUUCGGGGUCUGAAGUUCAUGUUGCUUUAUUCAAAUACAACAUAUUUCAGAAAAGUUGGCGGAAAGAUUGCUAAGUUGGAUGUUAGGGCUUGUAACCAUCUUAAAUGGGGAACGGAUCAGUAUUGGAGAUGUUAUGUGAGGCAUGCUGUAGGUUCAAUGCUUCACCCGGUGGGGACGUGUGAGAUGGGGCCUUAUGGUGUAGUGGAUGAGAAACUGCGAGUGUACGGCGUGUCCGGUCUGAGGGUGGCUGACGCAUCAGUGAUGAUGACAAUACCCAGUGGGAACACAAACGCGCCGACCAUGAUGAUUGGUGAAAAAGCAGCUGAUUUAAUUAAGGCAGAUUACAAUGCAUUGUACCAAGAUAAAUAUUUUAUUUAA